UACAUCUUAUCAGCUCCACUGUCGACUACAACCAUCUCUUACCACUAUAUAUCACUCCUCAGCUUCCUUCCCCAAACCAACGAAAAUCACUUGGACUCGCAGCAUCUCCUCUCAAACCACAACUCCCCCAAUGGCUAAACAUCUCUCACUUGCUUCUGCAACACUUAAGACAACGAUCUACGUCCUCUUGAUAACCAUCACCGUCGGAUGUGCCAACUCAGCUAGGACCCUCAUGGAGGAGGACGCAGCACCACCGGCUCCUGCGACUGCACCAGAGGCAUCGAGUCCUGUGACAGCACUUGUUCCUGAUGCGGUACCUCCUGCAGUAACACCGGUCCCUGACGUGGCACCGGAGGCGGCUCCGGCGAUCACGCAACCAAGUAAUGGAGCAGCUGGGGUAGGAGUUACCACUAGUAGUGUCACCGCAACACACCCUGACGCAAACCCCCCAUUGUCCUUCUUCAUGCACGAUAUCCUAGGCGGGACAACACCGUCGGCGAAGGUGGUGACCGGGAUCGUUGCCACCUCCGGUAUGAACGGUAUCCCUUUCUCCAGACCGAAUAGUGGUGUCUUCCCCGUGAACGGAGGAGUUCCACUCUUUAACGGUAACAACGGCAUUGUCAACAACAAUAACGUUCCAUUCCUUGCUGGCCUUGGCGGCACAACCACCAGCAGCACCGUUAUUCAGAACAACGGUAACAACAAUGUGGUCAAUGGCGGCAACAAUCUUCCUUUUGUCGCUGCCGGCCAGCUACCAGCCGGAGCCACUCUUCAGAAGCUCAUGUUCGGGACAAUCACCGUGAUCGACGAUGAACUAACUGAAGGACAUGAGAUGGGGUCUUCCGUGGUAGGGAAGGCGCAAGGGUUCUACUUGGCCAGCUCGUUAGGUGGGAGCAGCCAGACAAUGGCACUCACGGCACUGUUCCAUGGUGGUGGUCAUGAGGAUGACAGCAUUAGCUUCUUCGGUGUCCACCGAACAGCAGCCCCAGAGUCUCAGAUUGCUAUAGUUGGAGGCACCGGAAAAUAUGAGAAUGCAAAAGGAUACGCCACGAUUCAGACCCUUCAUCUGUCCGAUCAACACACGACCGAUGGCGUCGAAACCGUGCUUCAGUUCAGCGUCUACCUCGCUCACUAGUGUGUUUGCUCCUUCGCGUGCUUGAAUUGGUUCGUUAAUCUUCACUGGGUUACGUCGUGUUGGACGGAAGAAUAGGUCUCUACUACUUAGUCCAUGUUAUCUUGUAGCUCCAAUGAUGGAAUGAGAACUAUUAUGUUGUACUUGUACACUUUA